AUGGAAGCGUCGCCGGGUCUGGCAGACUCGCCGACCAAGGCCCCCGUCAUAGGAGGCGGCGACGACCACAGUGUCAACCUCCUCACCAUCAGCCCUCCCGACCCCUUACAACCCAUCUCCCACAACCAACAGCGCGAAGGCCCUUCCCUACUCUCACCCAAAGAUGGUCGCGACAAAUCGGUUGCCGAAAAGGUUAGCCAGUUCAACUCGAUGGCUCUCCAGGCCAAACACCAGGAACGCAAAAUAACAGAUGCCGCCCUCCAACGCGCCGUGCUUGGGCGCGAGGAAGCAGAGGCUGAAGUGCGACGUCUGCGUGAGGAGGUCAAGGUGCUGAGACAGCAGGUUGAGGAGGGCAAGGAGAGGGAGAAAAAGGUCUCCCACAGACUGGAAGUUGUUAUGGAGGACUACGGUCGCGCCAAAGAAUCCCUCGCCCACACCCAAGCCAUCUGGGAGAAAGAGAUCCGCAAAGCGCGCAAGGAGACCUUCAAAGCCCAGUCCGAUAUCGUCGAAUUGCAAAAACAGCUCAAAUCCACUCGCACCGCUCUGAGAACCGCUGAAGCCGAACUGCACACCAGCCGAGCCGCCCAAAAGGCUGCCGAAGAAGAGCUCGAGCAACAAAAGGGGCAAACACAGGCCCGCGAACAGGAAGCCAUCGAAGCGAGAAAUGUCACGGCCGGACUCCAAGAACAACUCAACAAAGCGAUGGAACAUAUCAACACUCUGGAGAUGGAAAGGGACGCGUUCAAGGCGCUAGCUAAGAGCGAGGAGCUGGCAAGGAUUGCGGCCGAGGGAAAGAUCCCACUACCGGAGACGAAAGAUGUCGAGAUGGGCGGCAUGGAACCACUAGAACCAGAAGACGACUUCGCCGCUCUCAAGUCCUAUAUCCACCACACCGCCGACCUCGAACAUUCCACGACCAGCGAAUCCGAAAUCGAAGAACUGAAAGAACUCUGGCAGUGGGAGAAGCAACGAGCUGAUCGUGCCUUGGAGCUAAUCGCCUUCAUGGAAGUCGAAUGCAAUCUCAAAAUGUGCGCCGGCGCCCGGGCGGCUACCAAGAGGCCAAGCAUUGGAGGCAUGGAAGGCGCAAAAAGGAAGCGGGCGGAAAUAAGCCCAUCAAAAGUCACAGACGCAGGUGACUUGGUGAUUCUUAGGGAUGCUUCACCAUCGCCUUGCGUGGACAGGAUCUCGCCUCCGUCGGCUAAGAGGACGAAGACCGAGCAGCUUAGGAGCGAGAGUGCGAAGAAGUCGGGGCAGAAAACCAAGGUCUUUCUACCGGAGCAGGGCAUCUUCAGGACAUUGUCGCAGGAGGAGUUGGAUAAACUACAAGCACCCUCCGUCCCUGUCAACGGCGCGAAAGAGCGGGAAAACCUCUACAAGCGACAACGAUACCAGCGCACAAGCGAUCAGUCCUCACGCAUGGCAGACUCACGAAUGGGCGAGUCGCAAGCGUGGUCGGAAAUGCAGGACAGUAUCAUGUCGAGACAUCGAAGGACGCCAGAUAGUGAGGGUGUACCGGACUAUGUGCUGGACUCGGAGCGGGCGUCGUUGCAGAGUUUGUUGACGGCGCCGCACAAGCGGUAUGCGGAGUCGAUCGGUAGCGAUGUCAUGGGAAACAUUCCUACGAUACCAGCCUCUUCGGUCAUCAGCUCGGCCAUGUCUGGAUCGGUACAAACUGUCACUGCCUCGACCAAUACCGCAACCACCAGCGUGUAUCAAGACCAUCUCAACUGGGAGGAACCCAAGCUUUAUCACCCCAGUCAACAACAAAAAGAAAACGUACCACCCCCUCAACUGAAGGAGAACGAGGGAGUAGAAGGGGAUAGGACUAACUCCCGCGCCAGCCACGAUAGCCAAAAGUCACAACAGUCAAUCCGGCAAGUGCCCGCCUCGCCACAACCGCCCACUCACACUCCAGCGCCUGCCUCACGACGUAUCGAUCGUUUCUCCGAGUCCAAGCUAGGCUACUCACCCUCCAGCCUAGCCCACGCAUCGAUGUUUGGAUCUACCACGAACUCGAGCACCAUCACAACCAAGGUUCCCCUCAAGGAAUCGUCCACCAACGCGGAUCUAGGUCGGAUGUUCAGAACCCCUUCCAAGGGUAGCGUCGCUAGCGCCGCCACCAGCGAAAAUGCCAUGGACAUCGACGGCGACAUCAACGUCCCCAAGCCACGCUCGGAAUCGCGAGGUGAACUCCCUGUAUCCAGGGAAGAAGCCCUCGCAAUGAUCCGCGAGCGCCGCGAACGUGGCCGAAGUCGCGAAAUCAAAUCCCGUCCUCAAUCCCCCGAGAAGCGACCCCUGUCCCCCGUUAAGCGGCCAGAGUCCCCGGAUAAGAACAAGAGGGAUGCGUCACCGAAUAAGCAGCGUGGCCGAGACCCAGCGCCAUCGCCACACAAGAGGCCUGAAUCUCCCAACAAACAGCGUGCUCCCUCCCCGAACAAGCGGAACGCCUCACCGAGCAAGAACAGUCAAAGGAACGCUUCACCCACCCGACGGCCACUAUCGCCUAGCAAGCGCACCCAGUCGCCCAGCAAGCCCGCGGGGGUCGUCAGCAAUGACUUGAGCUACGCCAGUGCGCUUAAGAAGAGCACGGACAUGAACCCGAUGACGCCUGGCGAAGGGACUAGGAGCUUUAGUGCGCCUACGGCGGCUACGGAGGCGAGGGCGGCGGGGAAGGAGAAUCAGAGAGGGCAUUUGAAGUCUUAG